UUCACAGUUAGUCAUGAGCGGAAAGAAAUAAAAAAAAAUGAUCUUUCUACCUUUUUUUUUUCUUCUUUUUCUUAAUAAUGAGUUCAAGUGCUGUCCAAGGUCCAAACAAGAUCAAAAGUGUCUGCGUAUUUUGUGGCAGUGGUAGUGGAUCUGAUUCCAUUUACGAACAAGAAGCUAAAGGUUCAAAUAAGACAGAAACAGAUAUAGUUUAUUCAUUUCUAUAAAAUAGAAAUUGGAAAAUUAUUAGCAGAGAAUGGUAUCCGACUUGUGUAUGGCGGUGGCUCUAUAGGUAUCAUGGGUGCUGUUGCCAAAGCUACCCUUGAUCAUGGAGGCAAGACGAUUGGUAUUGUUCCUGAGCCUCUUUUCAAGCACGGCAGUAAACAACUUUCAGAAACUAUCAUUGUGCCCGAUAUGCAUACACGUAAGAAGCGCAUGGCAGAAGAAAGUGAUGCCUUUGUCGUUUUACCUGGUGGUUUCGGUACAAUGGAAGAAAUGUUGGAAAUGAUUACAUGGUCGCAACUCAAUAUUCAUUCCAAGCCAAUUAUUUUACUCAACACCAAGAGUUACUUUAAACUAUUUGUUGACUGGGUCAAUAUGUGUGUGAUAGAAAACUUUAUUCAACCCAAGAAUGCGAAUAUUUUUGUUGUUUGUGAUACAACCAAGGAAUUCAUUCAUGCUUUGCAGACUUACGAAGCACCCAAAAGUCGUUAUGAAUUCGAUUGGACAAAUAAGGAAAGAGAUUCUCUUGUCUAAUAAAAUGUCACAGAAAAUUUUAUUUUUA